AUGCCGCGCUCGGGACCCCCACGCUCAAGAAAGUGCGCUGCGGGGAAGCGCGGCCCUGCGCGCGCUGCUUCCGGACAGGGGUCCGUGUGCUACGAGGAAGGGGGGCUUCCGCUGGGAGUGGACUUGCAGGGGUACCAGCGGAGGCGAGAGCAGGUGACCCAAGCGUGCGAGCGCUGCAGGAGGUCGCGGCUCAAGUGCGACCCCGAGAGGCCUUGCGGGCGAUGCGUCAGGUCAGGCCAGGCGUGCCUGGACGGAUGGAGGCGGAGGCGGCAGAGCGGGGCGAGGACGGAGGAGGAGGCAGCAGAGGCUCAGAGCUGCUGCACCUGGUGGGAGGAGGGCUCGGAGGGCUUCCUGGGGUCGGGCGACGAGCUCGUCAGCCCAGACAGCACGUGGGAGAUGUACCUGACGGAGGGCGCCUGGGGCGAGGAAGAAGCGCAAGCCGCAGUCCCCCUAGGCCACGGCCCGAGCACAGCGGAGGAGGCCUGGGAGAGGCCGGCGCAGGGCGAGCCUUGGUUUGCAUGGGAGGAGGAGGGCGGGCAGUCGAGGGAGGGUCAGGGCAAGUGGGAGGAGUGUCUGAGGGACUAG